CGAUUGAUUGUAUGUUUAGAAGAGAGUUUAUAUAUACACAAUAUUCGAGAUAUGAAAGUGUUACACACGAUACGUGAUACACCACCUAAUCCUACAGGACUUUGUGCUCUGGCUAUAAGCAAUGAUAAUUGUUUCUUGGCCUACCCUGGUAGUAAUCAGAUUGGUGAAGUCCAGAUAUUCGAUACUAUUAAUUUAAGAGCAGUUACUAUGAUACCAGCCCACGAUGGUCCUUUAGCUGCUUUAAGUUUUAGUCACCAAGGUAACAAAUUAGUCACAGCUUCAGAAAAGGGAACAGUAAUCAGAGUUUUCUCUAUACCAGACGGACAGAAAUUAUUUGAAUUAGAAGAGGAGUAA